AGGUGUUGCCAGCACAACAGGCAGAAUGACGGGGGAGUGGCAAAGACUGUUUGCGCAAAAUUUGGCUGUGCCUCCGCACACCCAGAGGAGGCGCCACCUGCCACCCCGGCAGUCAACGGCAUUCCAGUGCGUCUUGGAGCACGUGGAGGGGAAUGCGCUGAAGCAGAGGGCGUUGGAUGGUAUGCUGGAGGUUGAAUUCCAGCUGCGCCUUUCGCUCUUCGAUGCAGCAUACCACCAUUUCUUUGGAAAGACCUGGAGAAGCGCCACAAGGCCCCUCCGAGUUGCACCGGGAAAGCCUCCCAUGGUGGUCUUCAGCGAGGCUGUUUAUUUUCACACCUCUUUGGAUUAUCCCAGCAUCGUCUUGGUGGUCGAGGUCGUGGCUGCUGCCAGGAGACGGGACGGGACCAUCCAGCAUCUGUCGUGCGGCUUUGGGAUACUCCGUUUAUUUAACAGCAAAUCUGAGCCAGCCAGUCUGGCUCCGAGGGGCACAGGGCUCAGCCUCUAUCAUGGGACCCCACGGGCACUCUUGCACCCGCUGCUCCAGGAGCCUAUCGAGAGAAACCAGUACAUGGCAAUGAUGGGCAGCACUCACCUGCAGUGCACCCUGCAGACACAUGUCCCCCUGGAAGCCAUCUCUCACCUCCUUCCGGAAAACACCCCUGUGUCCAGCUCACAGAGGAUCCCUGGUGUUUUAGCAGCACAUGAAGGGGACUUCUUGCAGAAGCCACGGCUCAUGAAGACCAUAACAUGGUACUUGGAGAGGCUCUCCAUUCACCUGUACCCUUCAUUAGAGAAAUUUGAGGAGGAGCUGCUGGACCUACUCAUGAGUGAUCAGGGCAACGUUGCAUCGGAUGAGAGCGCCCUCGCCGUGCAGGAGCGGCGACUGCACGUCGGUGUGCACAAUGGCUACUGUUUCGUGCAGCCCCCGCAGGUGGUGGUGCUGGUGCCCGAGGCGGAGGUGGCGCGGGGGCGCCCCAGCAGCUUGCACUGGAAGCAAGGGGCCACCCUCCAAACCAGUUCAGAGGGACAAGCUCUUGUCUUGCGAAGCCGCAUCCACUUGGCAGAGAUGGUCCGUCAUCCGGCGUUUGGAGUGAUCUUCCUGUUGGAAUAUGUCUUCUCUGUGGCAGGUGGAUCAGAUGGGAAGAUAUCGUCGGUGACCUCUUUGACGACGCCAGCUUACAUGCAUUCCAUUCGCUGGGCUGCUUGGAACCCGUCACCAGACGUGAGUUCUUCGGAUGUGGUUCUCCCACUGCAAGGAGGAGCCCAGGAUAAUCCCAGCCACGUUUUGGUCUAUAAAACUCCACCGGCAACCAUGAGCUCUAAAGAGGUGAAGCAGGUGGAAUCCGGAACUGUCCAGUUUCACGUCUCCACCAGCUCUGAAGAGCGCCUUGGGAAUGCCGGAAAGCCCUCGGGUAGCAUCAAGGAAGAACCGCGUCUCUCCAAGACAAAGAGCCCCCCUGUGCCGUCCCCCAAUUCUCCAGCUUCUCAGACGCUAGUCUCCACUCAAGAUUAUACACAAGGCCCAGGGCUUUCGAUAUCGCAGCUCUCGGCUUGUCCAGCGGACCAUGCCUCCAAACCCCCGCUGUGCCGGCCCAGGGGCACAUUGCCGCUGCAGGCCUCCGAGGCGCUGAGGCAGGCACAAGAGCAGAAGAGCCCACGUGGGAGCAUCACGCACCUGGAGAUGGACCUCAGCUGUGACUCCUCGGCUCAGGAAGCCUCCCCAGCAGAGCAGCUCCAGGAGCUGCCCUUCACCCCGGUGCACGUGCCCAUCCUGGCCCCAGGGGCUCCCGUCGGAAGUCCUAGCACUGCCCCCACGCGGGCCUCUCUUGCCCGCCUCCGUGCCUCUGGCUUUCCUGAGCUCCUGGACUGCAAUAAGGAGCCUGUUCAAAUGGUGAAUCCGACAGACCCUGUGAACUACAAUCCACAACUUGAAGAAGCAGACCUCUUGCAAAACAAUGAGAUCGUCUUGCACUUUCUCUCAUUUACCAGGGCCGCCCAGGAUGGGAUCGCUGCAGUGACAGGACCACAAGCCAUCUAUUUCACCUUCCAGUUUUACCGGUUUCCUCCGGUCACGACACCGCGACUGCAGCUGGUCCAGACAGACGCCUCUGGAGCAGCUCCGCUGGCCGCCUCUUCCCACAUCUUGGUGCAGAUGAACCGAGAUGGGACCCUGAACCUUGGCUCCCCAGGUUUCCAGCUGAGCUACAUGGUGGAUCCUGCUUUUCUCAAGCCUGGUGAACAGCGGUGGUUUUUCCGUUACCUCGCGGAGCACACCCUGCAAAUGGACCUCUGGGAUGGAGACUCCCUGCUGCUGGUGGGAUCUGCCGCCGUAAAGCUGAAGCACUUGCUUCGCCAGGGCCGGACAGCUGUCCAAGUCCACCAUGAACUGGAGGUCAUCACCACGGAGUACAAGCAGGAUGCAGCCGCCAUGAGUGGGGAGGCGUUCCGCCAUGGGUGCCUGCAGCCCAUUGGAGUCCAUGCAACUGUGAGGGGCUGGCUUCACUUGAGCCUGGCUAACAUAGGGCACCUGCCUGAGCAGAGACUGAGGAAAUCGCACUCCUUGCCACCCUCUCGCUCGCGGGUCAUCUCCUCGCAUGACAGCACCAGGGGCUUCCACGGGGGCAGCCUGCUCUCCCUCAGUACAUGCAGAGCUGGAAAUGUGUGCCAGGCACAGAAGCUGGCAGAUGUGGACAGUGAGCUAGCUGCCAUGCUCCACUCUCACUUGCGCGACAUUAGCAUGGCCUACCAGCACGCCAGCUGUGAGGCCAGUGCCAGCCGGAGGCGGAAACUGGAGAGGAUGGUGUCUGUCCGGCGGCGGGAGUCCCAGGAAGGAGACUGUGGGAAGAAGAGCAGCCACAGCUUGGGAUGGCACGACAAUCACGUUCAGCACGCCAGAGACCUCCAGGUCAUCGAGGCUUACCGUGAGCGCAUCAAGGCGGAGAGCAUCGCCAGCAUGCUGAGCAAGGCCAUCACCACCUGCCACACCAUCUACACCACUUUUGGCACUGCUGAGUUCUUUGAGUUUGCCCUGAAAAACCCAUACAAUGUCCAGCACACGGUUUCCAUCAAGAGCGACGACCCAGAGCUCAGUGUCAUUGUGGACACCAGAGAAUGGAGGCAUUUUAAGGAACUGACCCAAACUGUCACCCCACUGGAGGAGGACAUGUUUCACCUGCAUGGCAGCAGCGCGCCUCAGGUCUACCUGCGUCCCAAGGAGACAGUCUACAUCCCCUUCAAAUACCAGGCUUUCUCUAUGGAGCAGACAGCCGUGAUGCAGCAAGGUCCCAUGGAGCUGGCGUUCAACAAAGGCAAGAAGGACAAUGCAGCCCCUUGGAAGUCCACCAGCACGCAGACAAAACGCAUCAAGGUCUCCUUCACAGCAAGCGGCAGCAAACCCAUCGCCAUCCUCAGCGUGAACGUGGAGUCACAGCCCCACAUGGUCGAUCAGACCUUCCGUUUCUACCACCCGGAACUCACCUUCCUGAAGAAGUCCAUCCGUUUGCCUCCAUGGCACACACUUCCAGGUGCCCCUGUGGGUGUUCCAGGUGGAGAGCCAGAAAUGUUUGUGCGCUGCAGCGACCCGAACAUCAUCUGUGAAACCAAGAUAAUGGGGCCUGGUGAGCCGCAGGAUGUCUUUCUGAAAGUCGCGGGGGGACCGAGUCCACAGAUCAAGAGAUUCUUUCUGUCAAUUUACACGGACCCCUGGCUGGCCACUCCGACACAGAUCUGGCAAUUCUACCUCCAUUCCUUGCAGCGGGUUGAUGUUAGCUGUGUAACGGGGCAGCUGACGCGUCUCUCACUGGUUCUCCGGGGGACUCAAGCCAUCAGGAAGGUGAAGGCAUACACCUCACACCCACAGGAGCUGCAGGUGAGCCCAGAGGGCAUCUUCAUUCUCCCUGCAAAUGGGGUGCAGGACCUGCACCUCAGCGUGAGGCCCCAGGGUGCCGGCAGCCGGUUUAUGUACCUCAACCUGGUGGAUGUCGAGUACCACCAGCUGGUCUCUUCCUGGCUGCUGUGCAUGUCCUGCCGCCAGCCCGUGAUCUCCAAGGCCUUUGAAAUCACCCUCCCUGCUGGAGGAGGGAAGGGCUCGAACAAGAAGAUCACCUACUCCAACCCAUACCCAUCCCGGAGGAGGUAUUUUCUGCACACCAACCGGCCCGACCUGCUGCAGUUCAAGGAAGAUUCCUUCGAGAUUGGUGGAGGGGAGACCUACACGCUUGGCUUGCGGUUUGCCCCCAGCCGGAGUGCCGGUGAAGAGGAAAUCCUGAUCUGUAUCAAUGACCAUGAGGAGAAGAACGAGGAGGCCUUCUGUGUGAAGGCCACCUACCAGUGACGCCCAUGCAUGUGUGCAUGUGUGCGUGGAGUGCGCCAGCGUGUGCCUGCAGUUCCUGGCCCCUCAGCCACCCGUCAGACCUCCCCCGGGGCACAGCCUGCUCCCUCUCGAUUCCUGGCUGCCGGGAUCCCUGAUGCCCCCAAGCUGUUGCUUGAUCACGCAGCCUCCCCCCGGCUCUGUGGGGUACGUGGGCCCUUCUGGGGCACCUGGCCUGCAUCCAAUCAAGACCCUGCCAAGCCAGAGGGAUAGAUAGCCCGGGUGGACUCUUGGGAUGCCAGCACGACCCCCAGCGGUGCAGCCGAGCCAGAUCUGCCCUUGCCACCCGCUGCGUUGAAUGCCCCCGGCACAGUCCGCUCGCCAUGAUGCGUCGCUUGAGGGGAGCAGGGUGCUGAGCCUUCCAGACCUUUAGCAGGACAAUCCCAAGCUUGCUUGCAGAUUUGGUUACAACAUUAUUUUUCCACAAAAGUUUUUUGUUCAUUUUUAAAAGAUAAUAAUUAGAACA